CAACGCACGCAUCGUGGAAAGCAAUCGAACCGGGGCACGAGUAUUCUUCCGAGCGGGGAGUAGGUGGGAGCAGUGGUGGUCGGCAAAAGACAGAAAAAGGAUCCAGAUCCCAUAUCCUGUAUCCAUGGCGAAACCGGGAGCCCAAUCGGAUCCACUCCUUCCUCCGCGGCCAUCCUACGCCGCCCCGCCGUCUCCCUACCACUCCGAGCCCCCGGCCUAUGUUCUCCUCCCGGCGUUCCCCGGCCGCCGCCUCCGCCUCCGCCGUCCCUGCCGCUGCUGCGACUCCCUUGUCUCCUCCUCCAUCCUCCUGACGCUCGUCUUCGCCGCCGCUCUCCUCGCUUCCGCCCUUUUCUUCCUUUGGCCUUCCGACCCCGACGUCCGCGUCGUCCGCCUCCGCCUCGACCGUGUCCACGUGUCCACCUCUCCGGCCGUCUCCCUCGCCGUCUCCAUGGGCCUUGAGGUCCGGGUACAGAACAAGGACUUCUUCUCCCUCGACUACGAUUCCAUCGUCGUCUCCAUCGGGUACCGGGGGAGGCGGCUUGGCUCUGUGACGUCGAAGGGCGGACAUGUGAGGGCGCGGGGGGUCUCUUACGUCGACGCCGAGCUCCAUAUCGACGGGAUCGAGGUGAUCAACGAUGCCUUAUACUUGAUCGAGGAUUUUGUGAGAGGCUCCAUCCCAUUCGAUACCAUUACCAAAGUCGGGGGGAAGCUGCAUUUCUUCUUCUUUGAUAUCCCAAUUCAGGGAAGGAUUUCUUGUUCAGUGCAUGUUAGUGCACAAAACGAGACAGUCGUUCGACAAGAUUGCUAUCCAGAGCCGAGUUGAUUCCGUGCCAUUGAGAUCAUCUGGUAGUGGUUGCUCCUUUCACCUUGUGUUAAAAUUCUGAUAUGUAAUAUGUUGGUGUCUUCUUCCCUAGUGUAUUGCGAUGUUGGCCAAAGAUCUUGGGGAGAUUUUAUUGGCUUGUUUGGUGGGAAGCUUUUCUAACUCCCAGUUAUAAUCUAUAAUAUUAUUUGUAUGUGUAUUGCCUCUGUAACUUAUCGAGGAGGCCAUAAGCAAAAUCAUUGUAAAUAAGUAAACAGAACAGAAACUUUAUAAAUAACAUUAUAUUAGAAGAUUAGCUCUGUAUCAA